UGAGGCGGGGCGGCCCGGGAAGGCUGGGGGCGAUGCUGCCGCUCUGGCAGUAAGGGCGGCGGGGCAGGGCGACACUCCGUCCCAGCUGCCACUGACACGCUGCGGGACACACGGGCACACGACCGGCAGCCCCGAGGCCGCGCCCCGCCCCGCCCCGCCCGCAGGACACGCCCCCAUCCCGGGCCCCGCCCCGCCCGCAGGACACGCCCCCAUCCCCGGGCCCCGCCCCGCCCGCAGACCCGCGCGGGCCCCUGAGGUCACUUCCGCGCCGGGCCGGAAGCCGGAGGCGCGCGGCCGGAUUUGAAUGGUGUGGCGCCGCACCGCCGUUCCGGUCCUGGGGCCGUAAGCGCGGCCCGGCCGAGCUCCCGCCAUGCCCAUCCGCGCCUACUGCACCAUCUGCUCCGACUUAUUCGACAACCAGCGGGACGUGGCGGCCGUGCCCUGCGGGCACACCUUCCACCAUGCCUGUCUCCUACAGUGGUUUGACACAGCACCAAGACGGACUUGCCCACAGUGCAGAAUCCAGGUCAACAAAAGACACAUCAUCAAUAAACUGUUUUUUGAUGUUGCCCUGGAGGAGCAGAUGGCACCAGAUGCAGAGGCCUUGCAGAAUGAACUGGACAAGCUGAAGGCUCAGUUCUCUCUGAAAGAGAAAGAAAAGCGGGAAUGCCAGGCCAUUGUGGAUGAGCUGAGGGACACUCUGGAUGUUCGCAAUGCCACAAUAGACUCACUCCAGAAGGUGCUGGGAGAGACAGAGAUGCUGUGCUCCUCUCUCAAGAAGCAGAUGAAAUUCCUGGAGCAGCAGCAGGAGGAUAACAGAAGCUCAAAGGAGGAGGCCCGUCGUCUGCGGAACAAGCUGAGAACCAUGGAGCGGAUUGAGCUGUUGCUUCAGAGCCAGCGCCCUGAAGUGGAGGAGAUGAUCAGAGAGAUGGGAGUCGGGCAGGCAGCGGUGGAGCAGCUUGCAGUCUACUGUGUCUCACUGAAAAAGGAGUAUGAGAAUUUGAAGGAGGCUCGGAAAAUGUCUAGUGAGAUGACAGAGAAGCUGAAGAAGGAGCUGUUUUCUGUCAAUAGCAAGCUACAGAAAACAGUGUUGGAGUUGGAGAAGACAGAGGAGGAGUUAAAAAGCACCCAGAAGGAUCUGAAGAAUGCAGACAAGGAGAUCUUGAGUUUGAAGAAGAAGAUAGCCAUCCUGCAGGAUACUCUGAAGGUCCCGUCUGUAACCAGAGAGACAAUCAGUCGACUAGUCUCUGAAAGCCCUGCUCCCAUGGAACUGCAGCACCCAAAGCUCCGCCACCCAGCCAACAGCAGUGAGAUCAAUCUAGAUGCUACCUUUGAUGUGGACACUCCUGAACAUGAGCCCUGCAGGUCUCCCUGCAGACCUGCAAAAAGGAGGAAGAUGGAUAAAAAGCCGCCUCCUGUGGUAAAUCUGGCAAAGAAAGUUCUGAAGGAAACAGAGGAGAACUGGCCAGAUGAUCUGGAGGAUGAUGCUCUUAAAGGACUCUUGCCAGCAUUCAUCAGGAACUCUGUUUUCUCCAAGAAGCCAUCUUUGGGUAGCUUCCUGGGUCCCCACAAGAACACCGGCACUGUGCGGAUGGGCUAUGAUGGCAUGGGAGGCAGAACAAAGUUCAUACAACCUACAAACCUGGCAGAAAUCCGUCCAUUAGCAGUGAGGACCAAGAAGAAGGUCUCCAGGCCAGCAUCUACAGCUCCUUCUACGUCUUCUGUCAGCAGCAGCCAAGCCAGACUGGACAGUUUCCUGCAGUGACAACCUCUUGCCUUUCCAGGGCACAGCUGGGCAAGGCAGCUGCAUGGCAGGGUGCAUUUGCCCAGAGCCUGGCACGAAGCAACAUGCAGGCACCGCUAUGUAGGGGUCUAUUUGCAAAGCACUGAUGCUGCGUUGCAGGGGAGAUGAGCUGCCCCAGGGAGAAUCCUGGCUUCACACCAAGCCUCUGGAUAAUGCUUGGACUGAAUUACUUCUCGUGUUUUACUUCUUCCUGUUUUCAUGCAGUUUAAACAGUUUUCUCACCUUCUGGCCAGCCCAGAGCUCUGCAGUUAUACUGGCUGUUGUUGCUGUUGAGCUCUCAGACACCAGGUGGAACUGUACUUCUUGGAUGCAGCUGCAAGCAAGAGGUAUAGGAAGAGGAUCUGGGAUGUCAGCCUGAAGCAAGAGCAGUGAAUAGCAACCUGGACUAGCUCUAUUCCUGGUGUAAGUAGUUCCAAGAGUUUCCUGGAGAAAGAAGUGUGCACAGGGCAUCCAUGGCCAGCAGUACUGGAAGGGGGCUGUUCAUCAAAUUAAACAUCUUCCCUCUGCUGCAGAACUGGAGAGAUGCACAGACACACCUGGGGUAUGUUGUUCUGUAGACUGGCAGCCUCUGAGUUUUUUGCAGGCUUGGCACUGAAAUCACAGAGGAUGUUGAGGGUCACCCCCUGUGCUGCCUGGAAACUGAAAGAUGAAUGUGCUGCUGUGACCUCUCUUCUGGGCAUGUGUUGUGAAACUCAGUUGUAUGAAUUUCUAAUUUUUUUUUUUAAUGAGAUGGGGGUUUUUUUGUUGGUUUGUAACUGGUCUGCCUGGUGUUUUGAGAGUUGGAAGUGCCUCAGGAAGUGCUGGAGAACAGCUCCCUUCAAGGGAGAGGGAGACUGGUGGGGCUGACCCUGUCUGGGAUUCAUCAACUUGGAGACAUGGUACAAGAGAUCCCAUGUCAUCCAAGACCAACUGGCUUGGGGAGGUACUUUGCUGCAGAACUUUGUACUGUACAAAUCUGUGAUGCUUCCCCUUCCAUCUGCUUCAGGCUGAAAACCCAAGUACCUGGGCUGGCUAAAAAAUAUGUCUGUGUGGAAUAAAACGUACUGCUGUGCACACAGGUUAA